AUGUUCCAAAGAAAUUUUUAGUAGAUUCCCUAACAGUAGAUGAUGGCUCCUGGCCAAGCUUAUGCAUAGAUGCCACCUUAGCCACCAAAUUAGCAACAAUAUAUGAUGAUAAAAUAAUAAUAGAAUGGAGGAAUUCCUUAUGAUAUAAAAAAUGGUUAAUAGGUUAGAAUACCUUAUUAACAGUAAUUGCCUCCUUAAUAAUAAAUUUAGUAGAUGGGCUCUCCUCAGCUUUAAAAUUAGCAGUCUUUUUAAUAAAACGGUUCUUAUGUACAAAAGCAAAUUCCAUAAUAAUAGCCUCAGUUUAUUUAAUUAGCAUAAUCAAAUACAACUCCUUAAGUUGUUUAUCACUAAUAAAAUGUGCAAAACGGAUAUAAUAUUAAUCAAAAUGGAAGCUCUGUGUAUUCUUAAACAUCUUCAACCCAGAAUACAUUAGGAAAUUCGAGAGUUAUUUCACCUGAAAGAAGGAUAGAAGAAAUUGAUGCCUCACUUCAAUACGAAAAUGAAAAAUUAAACAGAUAAUAUAGCCAUUUAGAAAGCUUGUUAGAAGCGUUUUACAGUUUUGAAAAAACAAAAAAUAUAAAUGACCUCAAAUUAUUUAACUAAAAGAAUCAGCAAAUAUUCAGUGACCUGAUUGACGAAAUUUAUGAUUACAAAGCUAAGGUUGAAGAUGAAAAAAGAAAGGGAGAUGAUUUGAGAUAAUAGAAUUCUGAGUUAAAAAUUAACACUUCUCAGUAUUCAGAUUAAGUUGCACCAAUUAAUGGUCCUCUCUUGUCACUUCAAAACUAAGAAUUAUAAAAGAGACUUGAUUCUAUGAAAGAAGAAUAAAACAGAUUAAAAAGCUAAAUGAAUGAUUUGGAAGCAAGAAAGCACUAAAUUGAUUAUUAUGCAGAAACAAAAGAAUAGUUAGAGCAGUAAAUAUAGAACUUAGAAGAAACAGAAAAACAAUUACAAUAAGAAGUUGAAUCAAUUCAAUAAUCAAAUCAAAAACUCACUGAAAAUCUCAGCAAGAAAGAUUUCUUCAAAGAAUACGAUUUUAUGUGUAGAGAAAAAAAAGGAUUAAACGAUCAAAACGAAAAAGUCAAGAAAGAAAUAACAUUAAAAGAUGAAGAAUUAUAUAAAUUAAAAGGUAAAUAAGAAGCUCCAUUCCCACAAUGUGGUAUGGGAUUGCCUCCAAAUAGGUAGUGA